UGAUUGCAAUGUCAUUUCAUAGUCGAGAGUUGUAGUGCUGACAAUUGGAGAGUUACGAAGCAUUAUUUUAGAGAUAGUUUUAAUUUUUUUCUUUUCAUAUUUUAAUUUUUAUGAAAUAAUUAAUUUAUAAAAUUGAAUUCAAUAUUUAAAAUUUAAAUAAAAUGAAGGUUAGACAUAGAAAGUUAAAAACAAAAGAUGAAGAUAUUUCUGAAGCUGAUCCCAAAUUUCGAAUUAAGAAGAGUUAUCCAGGCAAAAGAUAUUUUAUUGUUGUUGUGUUAUUGGGAAUUCUCUUCUUAGGAUACAUAGCAAUAGCAUAUGAUCUGAAGCCAAUACAUUUUGGUAGCAAGGCAAUUGAUACAUUGGCUUUUUCCUUCAAUCUACAAAAACCAUUUUAUGUUGUAGUAAUUGAUGCAGGUUCUACUGGUAGUCGUGCUUUAGCUUUUAGUUUUCAUGAAUCAAUCCUUGAUAGUAAUUUGGUGCUGGAUGAUGAACUUUAUACAGAAACAAAACCAGGUGUUAGUGCUUAUGCUGAAAGACCUAAAGAAGCAGCAAAAUCUUUGACUAUAUUGUUAGAUAAAGUUAAAGAAGUUGUUCCACAAUCAGAAUGGCAACAUACACCUCUUAGUAUGAAAGCUACUGCUGGUUUGAGACUUCUUCCUGGACAUAAAGCUCAAGAAAUACUUCAAGAGUGUCGAAAAAUGUUUGAAGAAAGUGGUUUUCAGUAGGAUUGCACACAUUUUUCUUCCUGAGGAUGAACUAGAUGGUGUAUG